AUGCGACUUGGUGCGAACAAUAAUGUUGAUUCAGUGGUUUUGGCUGAUAGCGAAAAGGCUGUUAUCAUCGAUACUUCCACCUCAUUUAGGGUAGAACGAUUAGAUACACCAAUUGAGCGGAUCGAGAUACGGCUUAUGGACGAGAACGCCACACAACCCGUUGUUAUUGAUAUUCAGAAGUCAGUACAAAGUACUCCAACAUCAAAUGACGAAGAAAUUGACAAUUCAGUGAUUGAAUCAGGCAGCUUGAAGGAGAAUAAUGGAAACAAAAAGCGAAAAACAGAAGAGCAAAAGUUAGCGUCACUAGGAGGAUUUGAACUUAAAGUGGAACGAAAAGUGGAACAGCAUAUCGUCCCCCGAUCCGAUCGUCGUUGGGACAAUCAUGAGCGAAUUACUAUUUCGCAGCCUGAAUAUGUUGAUGAUUUACCACCGAUUGAUAUUGAUGAUGAGGAUGAAGCGUCAUUUGAAGUGUUGCCAGUUGAAAAGUGUUAUUUGAAUCGUGAAAAGUUAACACCAGAUAUUCUGAACGACAUGGAUAGGGAUAAACGGAAUUUGUCCCGAAUUCUCAGACAAUACAAUACACAGCUCCGAGCAUACUGUAGCCCCGAGCAUGAAGCACGGGAUGAAGCUUUUAGAAACUGUCCGUUGUGGCGAGAAGAAAAAAUGAUACAUUACUACAAAUGGAUGCGACUAUUAUAUUGUUCGGAUUAUAACCUCUGGCCAAAUGCACCUAAAAUUAAGCGUUCAUUUGGUGCUAAUUUGCCACUUUUCGAAAAGCUUUAUGCAUUUAUGCCAAAAUGA